AUGGGCGCAUUGGCUUCCAGCGAGCCUUCCGAUCGUGGUCUUUCCGAGAUAUUCGCAACACAGGCUCAGUCUCUCCUGUUCCCGUCCUUUGACCAGCCCGACCUCACUGUUCUGCAAGCCCUUGUCCUCCUUGGGCAGCGCGAGAUUGGCCACUGUCGACCAUCCAAAGGUUGGCUCUUUUGCGGCAUCGCUUUUCGACUGGCUCAUGAAAUGGGUCUUCAUCUUGAUCCGAAUAACUGGAGUGGCUCUGCCGAAUCAGAGGUGGACCGCGAGAUACUUCGACGAGUCUACUGGGCUACGUUCAUCGCCGACAAGAACCUCAGUUUGUACUUUGGUCGGCCUCCAGCCCUCUACCCUCACGAGUCUGAUGUCCGAAACACCGUUCGCCUGCCGUACCCAACAGAUUGGGAGGGACUGCUGGACACGUACAUCGCUCCGGGUAUAUCCAUCACCGCAUAUGAAGACGGGAUUGCACUCGUGGGGGCCUUUAUCUACAGGGCGGAGUUAUCCAAGAUUCAGCAUUGUAUCAUCACAGAUCUAUUCGAGAAUCGACGGCCAGGAGCUCACAACGCGGCUAUCGCUGCCACGGUUCAGCGCAUCCAUACCGAUCUAACUAAAUGGCUUUCAAGUCUGCCUGGUAAACUGUAUUGGAAUCAGUGGACGGUCGGCCAUGUUCCCGCAUGCGUGCUGUAUCUCCACAUGCAGUUCCAUACCUCGAUGAUAAUUCUACACCGCCCGCCUCGCCAUUCAUUCAAUACCCCCGACAUUUCCUCAAGCGAAGAUGUGGAGAUAUGCUACGAGUCUCUGCAGGCUAUCUUACGAUUAAUGCGCAGCUAUUCCCGCCUGUAUCGCUACGAAGAGCUUCCCCUCGACUUCGUACAUACGCUCUCUGUAGCGGCAAGCACGGUCCUCAUGCGACGCUGGCUCGAUAAAGAUAUGCAUCAGAUGGAGAAGGAAAUGAACCUGAUAGUCCAGGCCAUGCAGGCCAUCAAAGAAACAUGGCCGUGCGUGGAGGAAAUUGAGAAGAGUGUCUGCAAGAUCGAGAAGUGCGAGAAACCUGCAGAUAACGUGCCAGAGAUCGACGCCAUGCUUGACGCGGGCUUCAUGGCCGGGCUCUCCACACCAUAUGAAGGGGAGAAUUGGUCGAUGCCAGAUGAAUACACUCAGGACAUGUUUGAUGUCACGCUUGGCCCGGUGUUGACGGAUGGGAUCCUUGGUGGUGUUCGGGAGGAUGCAGGGCAGUUGAUGGUAGAUAUCUUUCCUCCUACUUUGGAGAAGGGCGAAUAG